UCGCAAACACCAAAACGAAUCACAGACUAUAUGAUGACGGUUAGUUCUGAGAGUAUGAUGCGUUCAAGUUCUGUUAUGCGUUCAGCUCGCGUGUUACCGGAUAGAGUUGAGUUGAAAACGAUACAGAGGGAUUUCCACGCAGUCCGUUUCGCUGCAUGUUCCAUGACGAGCUUGUCAGCUAUUUAUAAGUAAAAGAUGAAGGUGCUCUGUCAAAUGAUAUUCAUUUCUAUGGGUGUUUUUCUCAAUGAAAAUAGAGGGAAAGGAGUAAGUUGGGGUGGUUAGUUUAGUGGGUGCGAGGUGACGCGCUCACCUCUACGCGUCAGUUGUUUGACAAGUGCGUCUUAUUUCCAAGAAACAGGGAAUUCGUCUUGAGGAGAUGAGGCUGGAUAGUCAGUGACCGAAAUCAAGAUACCGUUGAAAUGAGCGCAGAUAUAUAUAUAUCACAAUUCUUUUCGUUUCCAAUGACCUGCACACCUGUUUUGACCUCUGGUAAUCCUUGACCGAAAGAUUAUAGAUAUAGAAAGACGUAUUUCUUACAAACAUCAUCGCUGAAUGCUCAUUAGGCUUUCCCUUUCAUGCGAAUCCUAUUCGAGAUCGCCGAUGACGAGGCCAUCACGCUAUUCCACCGUUAACUCAUCGGGUCAUCGCGACGGGGACCAUUUAUGACUCUUAUGCAAACAGAAUACGCGCAUGCGAUAGAUCAGGUUGAUUAAGUACUCUGAGCAAGCGUCCCUGUUCCAUUGAAGAUCAUGCGGCUGAUAGGCCUGGGCCAACUGAACCGCGGGUUCGCAGAACGCUGCACCGCACACGGCUUUUCCAGGAUCGCUACUACCCGAGGUCUUCGCCAGCUACUAUGGACGGUGAUCGUAGUGAUCGCUCUGGGGGGCUUCCUCUACCACAUCAGCUUUCUAACCAGCAACUACUUCUCGUAUCCCGUUGUCACUGCAACGGAGGAAGUCCACGCCGAGGAACUCCACUUCCCGUCCAUCACCGUCUGCAACUUAAACAUCAUGAAGAAGUCCUACUUCGAGGACUACCUCAAGGACAUAGCAGAACAUGCUGGUGGUCCCAUGGCCGAGGAAGACGGCGAGGACUAUGUAUGCUACCGAACCCUGGACGAAUUUCUCAAGAAGAGUAGGACGAUGGACCUCAGUGAUACCUGGAUGAACUUCAUCGCCACCAAGGAACAUCUUAUCAAGUUUGGCCACCAGGGGGACGAGUUGGUCACGCAGUGCACUUAUAAUGCCAGGAACUGUUUUGAUGAAACGCACACGAUCCUUCGCGUGGACCCUUUCCCAUCACCGAGAUACGGCCUCUGUCAAACCAUUCGGCUGGCCAACGAAUCUAUGCAGAAAGUACGCAAGACGGGCCCAACUCUGGGUCUUCGCCUGACCCUCAACAUAGAGCGUAGUGAAUACCUGGACAUUUUGAGUCCCGAGUUCGGCGCUCGGCUGCUUAUCCAUCCUGUUGGUACAGCCCCUACACUCGAGAGGGGUGGAAUCAUCGUCUCACCUGGCACAAAGACGUACAUCAGUGUCCGCUUGAGAAAAAUCCAACGCCUUCCUGAACCUUACCGAGGAUGCAGCAAAAGUUUCAACGACAGCAGGUUGACGGGCUACCUAAUACAGAUGGGGCUAUCAGAUUUGAUCCAACGGUCACUUUACACAUUCGAUUACUGCCAAACUUUGUGCCGGGAGGCCGCUCUUCUGAACAUCUGUGGCUGUCUCGAUGAACUGUCGACGCGUGACAGGGCUUCCUGUGACGCUUGCAACGUAACGCAAGCCCGUUGCAGAACGAGAUACCUCCGAAGUUACACGUCUUCCAGCGGUGGCCAGCACUGCAGGGCCCUCUGCUUGCCGGAAUGUGUGGAGGUACGUUACGAUCUGACGACGUCCCAGUCUGAGUGGCCCAACUUAAAGCAGCAGUCAUGGUCUGUCAAGCGAUGGCCCAUCCUCAACAAGAGAAUCGAGGAGGCGGGCAUCCGCUGGCAGGAUGUCAUCAAUGCUUCUAGCGACCAGGAGUUUCAGGAGGAAAUUAGAUAUUUCAGGAAGAAUUUCAUACGCGUGCACAUCUACAUCCAAGAAAUGAACUAUCUCUCGGCAAAAGACCUUCCCGCGUAUCCGCUGCCCCAACUAUUUGCCGAUCUUGGCGGCUGCCUGGGCCUCUACAUUGGAGUCUCUGCCAUUACCAUCUUUGAGUUUCUCGAGCACGUCCUCACAAUGUUCAACUACAUAUCUGGCAGAAUGAAGGAUCCAACUGGAAGCGGGAACAAGAAGGAGGGUCUGAAGCCAACUCGCGGCCGCAUUUCGCCUCGGAAUCGACUUUUCCGCACAAACUACACUUCUGUACCACAUCGCAAUAAUGUCGUCAGUCUGAACGCUUUUCUACGCAGGUGGCCAGAUAGACGGCUAGGCCCAAUACGCAGCGUGGCAACGAAGGACGUCCAUGCUCAGACGACCGACUGGGCUGGCAUCUGGUGAUCCAUUUAUUCUCUAUGUACAAUGUCAUUAUUAUUAUUUACAAAUACAUGUUUCAGCCAUCGUUACGAUGGGAAAUUUUGUUGAAGAGGUAACCGAAGAUCGACCACUAAGGAGAAAUGGUCGGAGGGGUAUGCCAGCGAAGGGACACGUCCCGGUCCGAUGUCCCCUUCGGAUGGCAACUGAAGACGGGCUUCUAACGUGAAAUCUCGACGGCUGAAGAAGAUAUAGUCGAUCGUGUGCUUCACUUCACCUUCCUCGCGGAUCUUCCAGGUGGUAUAAGGCGGUUCUUGCUCGUCCACGGCGUAACUGCUCUCUAGGCCGAGAUCCUUCUGGCCGAGGAGAGUCUUGUAAACCGGUUCCCAGGGCUCCGCGUUCAGGUCGCCCGUUAUGAUCGUGGGGCGUCCCCCGCGAUGCGUUCGAACGAAUUUCAUCAGAUCUUUUCCUUGCUCGUGUCGUAGGCUCGUCAGCAACAUUCCCUGGCGUGCUUUGAGGUGCGUGGUGACAACGCACAGCUGGGCGCCGUCCGACUUUCGGCGGAGAAUGCACAGUAAUGUCACCUGAUUUGAGGGGCAGGUGAAGACCUGCAAGACGCGUUUCUCGCAGCUGAUCAGUUCGAACUUGUCUUGGUCGUAGAAGAAGGCGCAGCCAUCGGGCCCGUUGUUGUCCUUCACGUAGCAGCACGGGGAGUCUGGCUUGGGAAAGAAGACGCCGGCGAAGCCGAUACGACCCAGAGUGGACCGGAGGAAGUUGUAGUGGUCCACCUCUUGGAGGCACAUGAUGUCCGGCUCGUACAAGACGAUGUCUUCUAGGAUGCGCCAGCGACGGCAGUACCAGUUGAGGGCGGCAUCGGGGCAGCACACAAACCGGUCGGCUUUCUCGGCCAGGGCUGCGAGCAACGUUGCUUGUUAGCCUUCCCCCAAGACUGUUCAGCGAAGCGAGAUCGGGUUAUUUGUGUUCUCACAAACUGAGAAACCUUUGUUUUAAGGUUGUUCUCAAGCACCAUUUCAGCGAGGAUUUUCCAAGUAAAGAUACAAAUGUGAUAUUAUCAAUGAGCGGGACAAUGGCCCCCUGAUACGGGUGUCACACCUCGCCUAUAGCGAAAACAAGAAAGAUGGGUUUUAUAGUGCUGCGGCUCGUAAAAGUCGUAUUCCCUAAGAUAACUAGUGGUUAUGUCCGCGGAUCCGUUUCACAUCUUCAUUUGACGAUGAAAAUCGUUUUCAAAUCGCGUUAUUAUCCAUUAGCAGUGUCUGAUGCCGACAUUGCCAAGAUGCUGCUGGAAUUGUGAGCGCCAAUUCAAAAUG